GCCCUGUUUCCGCUGGGCCGUUCGUGAAAUGGUGGCGCUUCUUGGCGAGCGGGGCGGUGAUUCGCUGCGUUUGGCGAGGUGUUGUUUUGUGCUUUGGUCUGCGUCCUUUUAAAGCGUAGCUGUGAGCCUCAGGGAGCCGGGAGGUUCUCCGUGCUGCAAAUAUUUGAGAAUUUGCUGCUGCUCGGAUCAGGGUGCGAUCGGUGCCUGCCGUUACUUUCCUGGUUCGCGUGGUUUUUACCAAGUUAAUGGGAAGCAGAAUCCUUUUCCCAAAGAGAAUCUGUAACUGGUUUUAGUCAGGAAAGUAAGCAGGAAAAGGACCCGAUUUUAAACUUUCACUGCGAAUUUAUAAUUGAUGCACAUGGAAACAGCUGGGCAGCGUGAGAGGAGUUUGAGUUUCUUUUCCAAUCUCUUGAAAUGCUCUCUAGUACAUCUUUUAUUUUCUGUAGAAAUGCUUUAGGAGGGUGGGGGGAGGGGCAAGCAGUUUUUCCCUUGCAUUUUCUGCGUGUUGGGACAAAUUGCCCAGGCCAGCAGCACCACUUUCUGUUCCUCUGGAGGGUUUUGAACCAGAAGUGAAUUGGCUCCUUAAACGCGUUGUAAGGAGCUAUCGGUCUCUGGGCCAUACUUGCUUUCUGUCCCUACGCUGCAGACUUUGUGUCAUCUCUGUGGCUUUAGCAAUGUUUUUGGCAAAUGCAGCGUCAGGGUUAAGUUGUGUGCCAAACCAUGGAGCGGUUCAGGUUGGAGGAGCCCUCUGAAGACAGUCUGCUUCCAGCUCCUAUGUGCAGUUUGUGCGGGCAGCUGGAAGAGAACGUCAUGCAGAGCAUGUGAGCAGGGAGUUGGAUACAUGCUAUAAAUGUAUUUUACCAACUGCUUCGUUUAGCCAUGGUUGCUUAGAUUCAGUGAGAAGCUGCUGUGUGCAUUCAGCUUGAAGAUACCAUGGGCUUCUCUGUUUUGAAUGGAGUUCAAUCAAUACCCAGUUUAGGAGUUUGUGAAUAAGCUGUCAGAACUUGAGAGCUGGAGGAAGUUGGCUGAGGGUUUUCUUUCUUUUUUAUUUUUAAAGAUCAUUUUGAUUUCACUUUUUAUGUGAAAAGGGCAUUUGGAGUCAAAUGUUUCUUUAGGCCUCAUGUUAAUUUCCAUUUGAUGCUGUCACUUUGCCUUCUGUCAAAGCCUUGUGCCUAACGUUGUUGCUUAGAAUGGUGGUUUUUCUGUGUCCCAGCAGAAAAGGAACUUGAAGAACAGGCGAAGCACUUGAGAUAAUUUGUGCCUAGGUAGUGUUUUUCAAGCAGUCCCUGCAAGGCUACUGAAAGCACAGCUGUUUACAGAAUCAUCUCUGGUGACCUCAGCUCAGCUUCACAGCAGGGAGAAAAGGUUUGAUAUGUGUCUAAUUGUGCUGAGGAAACAGAAAAGCAAGAACUGCGUUGUGCUGCCUGUGCAGAGGUGAUGUUUGCAUAACGUGCUGUUCUGUGGGCUGUUUGAGAAUACAGAGGCAAACUGGAGGAUUUGUGUGUGCAGAAGUCCGUGUAUUAAUUGUGAUUGUCUGCUUCUCUUUCAGAUUGAAGCAAGUGAAUUCUGAUAUAACUCAGCUUUGUUAGAGGGCUUUUUUUUUUUUUUUAAAGAAAAAAAAAGUUGAUCCACAGUGCAUCAGAGCAAGUUACUACUUUACUUUUGAGUGACUUACAGGUGCUUGCCUGCAUUGCAAUAAAGGACUCAUAUAUUGAGCAAGACUUAUUUAUCUCUUCAUUUUGGAGAGUCUAAUAAACUGUUAUUACAGUUUCUGUACUGACUUUCAAAGUUUUGAAGUCUAAAAAGACAUCUUUAAACAUAGAAACAUGAGCACGGCCAGAACAGAGAACCCUGUUAUAAUGGGUCUAUCCAGUCAGAAUGGGCAGUUGAGAGGCCCUGUGAAACCCAGCGGGGGCCCAGGAGGUGGAGGCACACAGACUCAGCAACAGAUGAACCAGCUGAAAAAUGCCAACACGAUCAACAACGGCACCCAACAGCAAGCACAGAGCAUGACCACCACUAUUAAACCUGGCGAUGACUGGAAGAAGACUUUAAAACUCCCUCCAAAGGAUUUGAGAAUCAAAACUUCUGACGUGACCUCCACAAAAGGAAAUGAGUUUGAAGAUUACUGUUUGAAACGGGAGUUGCUGAUGGGAAUUUUUGAAAUGGGCUGGGAAAAGCCAUCUCCUAUUCAGGAGGAGAGCAUCCCCAUUGCUUUAUCUGGUAGGGAUAUCUUGGCUAGAGCGAAAAAUGGAACGGGCAAGAGUGGAGCCUACCUCAUUCCCUUACUUGAACGGCUAGACUUAAAGAAGGACAACAUACAAGCAAUGGUGAUUGUUCCCACCCGUGAGCUAGCCCUGCAGGUCAGUCAAAUCUGUAUCCAAGUCAGCAAACACAUGGGAGGUGCCAAAGUGAUGGCAACAACAGGAGGAACCAAUUUGCGAGAUGACAUAAUGAGGCUUGAUGAUACAGUGCAUGUGGUGAUAGCUACCCCUGGAAGAAUCCUCGAUCUCAUCAAGAAAGGAGUAGCAAAAGUUGAGCAUGUCCAGAUGAUAGUAUUGGAUGAGGCAGAUAAAUUGCUGUCUCAAGAUUUUGUUCAGAUAAUGGAAGACAUUAUUCUUACGCUACCUAAAAACAGACAGAUUUUGCUCUACUCAGCCACUUUCCCUCUGAGUGUACAGAAGUUCAUGAAUUCCCAUUUGCAGAAACCCUAUGAGAUUAAUCUGAUGGAGGAGCUGACCUUGAAGGGAGUUACUCAGUACUAUGCCUACGUCACCGAGCGUCAGAAGGUUCACUGCCUCAACACGCUGUUUUCCAGGCUCCAGAUCAACCAGUCGAUCAUUUUCUGCAACUCCUCUCAGCGGGUUGAAUUGCUAGCCAAAAAGAUCUCCCAGUUGGGCUAUUCCUGCUUCUACAUCCAUGCUAAAAUGAGGCAGGAGCAUCGCAACCGCGUGUUCCAUGAUUUCCGAAAUGGCUUAUGCCGCAAUCUUGUUUGCACUGAUCUGUUUACCCGAGGUAUUGAUAUCCAAGCUGUGAAUGUGGUGAUAAACUUUGAUUUUCCAAAGCUGGCAGAGACUUAUCUCCAUCGUAUUGGCAGAUCAGGUCGCUUUGGACAUCUCGGCCUGGCCAUCAACUUGAUCACCUAUGAUGAUCGAUUCAACCUGAAAAGUAUUGAGGAGCAGUUGGGAACUGAAAUCAAACCCAUACCAAGCAACAUUGACAAGAGCCUUUACGUGGCAGAAUACCACAGUGAACCUGUAGAAGAUGAGAAACAGUAACCAUGCUUUGACUACAUAUGCCAGAAGGUGAAGCCCUUUGAUCCACAUCUGUGACACAUCAUUUCUCUGGGGAUACCCUUCUCUUUGUGGGUUUUUCUUCGUCUUUUCAUUUUGGAACUAUGAAGACUAAAGAGCUCGGCCUUUUUUCUUUUUAAAUUUGGCAGCAAGGAAGAAAGAAGAUGAAAGGAGGAAUGUCUUUUUGUUUUUCCACUCGUUUGCACUGUGUGCUGAUUGAACAUUAGUUGCACUAACUGCUGGUUUUAAAUUUUUUUUUUCUUUGGGUGGGAGGGGCAGCAAGGGAAGAAGAGAAACCCUGGAAAGAGAAGAAUCUUUGAACACGAGCUUGUCUGCGAUUUCAAAUUCUCCAACCGUCGACUGAGUGCAUUUCAACUUCUCCCUGGUUACUCAUCUGUUUUGAAGCUAAAGAGCUUGUUACUUAUUCGUGCAAAGUGCCUUAUGCUAUGAGACCAUUCAGAACAUCACCUUUCUGACGCAGCCCGAGGAGUCAGCCGCCGUUUUUGGUUUCAGGUCAAAGUUCCCCUCUCUCCCCCCUCUCUUCCUCUCCAAGUACUCGAGGCCAGGGCUGUGAGGUGAAACUUAUUGGUAAUACUACUUUGUCUUCAA